AUGACCAUUCAAUUAUCAGAGAUGUGCAAGCAAGAGUUAAGAAAUGGCCCAGAGAAGCAGUAUUUUUGGUGUGACAGGAUUUUGUGGAAAGGUGAAGGGUUAAAGCAGAUGUCCUACGUUAGGGGUGAAUCAAAAUUCUCAGACCAUAGGCCAGUUUAUUCGCUUUUUACAGUACAAGUAGAUAAUGUAACCAAUACGGAGCAAUCCACAUCGAUAAUCGGUUCAAACACCCCUGAGCCAUCGACAGCAGAUAAAUUACUUUCAGAAACUGCUGUUUUAUCCGCAACAGAAGAAUUCAUGUUCAUAACCGGGGCACGGAGUUGCAUACAGAAAACCUCAAGGUUCUUUGUCACAGCCCAACAAACAGUUUGGGGAUGCCUUGGGGGGAAAAUAGAGCAAUCACGGGGAGAACCUGAGUUUCAAGAUGAUAAAACUACAUGUGAAGUUCAAGGCUCAAGGUAUAAUCUGAGGCUGCUAUUUCUAGGCGAUUAA